AUGUGCGCCGAAACCUUCGAGAAGUGGUUUCAAGAUGUUCUUCCUCCGCUUCAGGAAAAUGCAGUUAUUGUUCUUGAUAACGCGCCGUACCAUUCUCGGAGAAAACAAAAAGUUCCCAAUGCGAAUUCCAAUAUGCACCAAAUAUCAGAGUGGCUAAAAUCUAAAAACAUCGAUUUCGAAGACGGUAUGUUGAAGAAAGAACUUUUAGAUACAGUUAAAAAUCACAGAACAGCGCACAGCGAAUACGCAAUAGAUGAAAUUGCGAAUAAUGCAGGGAAAACAGUUCUCAUAAUUCCUCCGUACCACUGUGAAUUAAACACCAUCGAGUUAGUGUGGGCCAAAAUCAAAGGCUAUGUUGCAGUGAAAAACAAAACAUACAAAAUGCCGGAAGUUAAAGUACUGCUAGAAGAAGCAGUAAGAACAGUGACUGCAGAGGAUUCGAACAAGUGCGUCCUCCAUGUCGUAGAAAAAGUGGAAACUCAAAUGUGGAAAUUAGACUGCAUUAUAGAGGAGAGAGAGGAGCGGUUUGUUAUAAAUCUCAAUGGAAACAGUUCAAGUUCGACAGAGUGA